AGCUAUUUUCGUGAGUACAACUCGAACCCGGUUGUAUAUCAGCUGGCCAAAAUUCGCAAAACAACGCGCCAAGGAACACACACUGACAUGCCUGUUGUGGAUUUGACUGUAGAUCGGAAUCUGCUCUGUCCUAGCUUCGAUGGCUACAAGCUGUCCUUUGAUGCAGUGCCUGUGUUGCGCCAGGAUUGUAGUCGCCACCCGCUGAAGCUGGAACCGCACCAUAACCAGUACUCGUUGCUCCACGUCGAAGUGUUUGCCAAGCACAAUGGCCUCCAUGCUGAUCCCUGGCUGCGAACCAAUUGCUACUAUGUAAAUGUCGGCCGAGAGAUAGUUAUGGGCUCCUAUGAUACACAAUCGGGGAGACCACGUGAACAGCGCGUCGUAUACACAUUGGACGCGGGGGCUCAAGAGGUUGGUGACUACAACUACAGUUUACAUUUCAUAUCGGAGAAAUAUUGCAUACUCUGCGAUGGCAUGAACACAUUCCAUCUACUGGACACAGGAGAUCGUUCACGGGCACCAACCUGGCAACUGAUUGCCAAGACUUUGGUAAAUCCAUCGAAUGAUCAACGUGGCUAUGUUCUAUACGAUGCUCGGUUGGACGUGGUGCAAGAACGUAAACGUAUUUCCCUAUUGGCUGGUCAAGUGGCACGUAGAGAGAGUCAGACCAGCAGAAAUGAUGGAAGCGUCAGCACUGUCUAUUUCAUGGAUCUCACUUGGUCCCAUUGGGAGCAGAGCACUACCGGCGAAUGGAUAUACAAGGUUUGCGAGAAAUUGGAGACCACUGGUUCCAUAUUUUAUGCUGCUUUUGAACCAAAAGCCGAGUCCUUGAUCAUUUGCUCAAAUCGUGAAAUACAAACAAAAGCGCAGAGGGAAGCUGGAGGAAAGGAAGAUGGUGGACAGGAGGACAGUGGGGAUACACGCCCGCAGCUUCAUAAUGCAGAAACUGAUGAUAGUGCUACUGCAGCUCCAUAUACGUGGACCCAAACAGCUGAAGACAUUCUUUUGCGAUUUCCAUUGCCCAGCAAUGCCACAAGGAAUGACUUUGAUAUACAGUCCAAAGCCGAUCAUAUUGAAGUAAAGUGUCUCGACAAGCAAAUGCUUCUGCAGGGUGAACUUUUUGCUCGUGUAGAUCAUGAUUUGACCACAUGGACAGUGGAACGAGAUGAAUUGCAUUUAACUUUGGUCAAACAAAACGCUGAAAGUUGGACCCGCUUGCUGGCGCGCGAAGAGACUGAGGCGGAAGCGGAUGUGGAUGGAUUACCUGAACGUCCCUUACCCAUACCCAAUCUAGAGGAUCCAAUUGAAGAAUGUGAUUUUCCCUUAGAGUCCACAAACGAGGACAUUAAAAUGGUGCGUUUUAAUCUUCCUACUGGUGGCAUCACUCACACAAUAUUUCUGGGACCCACGCCACCAUUAUUUAGUACAUCAUUGCGUCCUGGAUAUCCAGCAGCAUUUGCCACUCGCCAGGGUGUAGAUGCCUCCAUGUGGCUGCAAAUGUAUCAGCCAUCUAAGCCGGAUGAGUGGCGAGUUCGGCAUGAGGGCAAUCUUCAUGCCUUUGCCUAUGUCCAGGCCUCCAAGGAGCAACGAAAAUUCAUCGACUGUUGUCCAGAUCUGGACUAUGCGGUUAUAUGCGAAACGCAUCGUCAUGUCUUUGUCUACAAGUCUCGUUACGAUUCCGCUGGCGGAUUGCGCAAAAGGAAUGGCCCUCAAGUGACCAUUGGCAAACAAAGUCUCAUAACACUCGAUGACAAUGCGGGCGAAGUCCUGGGAAUGACCACGGCAACGAAUGUGAUCACAAUACUAACCCAAAACGGUCUUAUGUAUCUUCAGGUCUAGAAUAAACAAAAAAGCAAAUAAAAUUUCAUAUUCGACAAA